CGGGGAAGAAUUUCAUUGCAAAGUGUUUUGUUUCUGGAGUCAUGGGUUUGCUUCUUCUGCGCUUGGGACGUGCAGUGCUUCUUGCUCUGAUGUUGAUUCAAGGCUUUUUGCUUGCGGCAUAUCCAGCCGAAUAUAAAGAUGAACCUCGUUGGUAUGCUUUGGUCGGUUUGUACGCCCCAGCAAUCGUAGUGUGGCUGUUCAACAAGGCAUUUCUUCGACGGCUUGUCUUCGUAUGGAUUUUGUACGUGUGUUGCGGAUUGGUACCUAACAUUGCUAUCGUACUUGGCUUUGUCGGAGACAGCCUCGACAAUGACAGGUUCUUGGGUCCCAUAACCUUAAAAACUGCCCUCUGUCUUACACCACCCAUUCUGCUGCUUUUGGUAAACACUGCGAGCGAUUCAAAUGAAAACAGAGAAACGGUCUCCAAGUUGUCUUUUCGAAUGAUGCUUAAUCUUUUUGAUAGUGUUGACAUGAUAGACAUCGUUCUGGACGAAAAGGAAUACGGCUAUGGAAUUUCAAAAGAAUUUGGUAAAGCCAUAAUCGUCGUCGCCUGCUUGAGUUUGCUGCUCUCACCUUGGCAACUGGCAGAAAACAAUAUUGAAAGAGGAUGACGGAGAAAUCUUACAGCGAUUUUACGCAACAUUUUUGAAAUGAUUGGUGUAAAUCUUGCGUUCUUGAUCAUUCGCAUGGUGAUAGUGUUCAAGUGCAACAAGGGCGAGUCCAUUUUUGUUGCUAAGAAUGUCAUCAUCCUAUCCUUGAAGGAAAUCUUUGAUCUCCACCGCCCCGUGCAAAGACUAGUCCCCGCGUACCAGCAGCCUUAGAAUAGCAC